CUGUACUUAAAUCUGAGACAGUACAGCUAGACAGCAGUUUGUUUUGCCUCUUCCAAGAAGAGAUCAUACAGGGAUAAUUCUAUUUAAGCAAUAUCUUAAUCCCGCAGGGAAUCUUUCUGUCGUGUCGUUUGUGUAGGACACAGAUCAGGAUGAAGACGUCAGUCUUUGCCUCGGCCAUGGUGUUGGGACUACUCUUCUGUCCGCAAAGGAGCGCAGGGGUAGGUGGCUACCAGGGUUCCUUUCAGCACCCAUACAAAUACAACUCCAGUCCCAACCAGUCUGAGCGCUCACCGCAGCAGCCACCACAGAACGGAUUUGUCUCCCGCCAAAUGGGGCCAGUAACUGCCAACGACGAGGUUCUAGAAUCCAGCCAAGAAGCCUUACACGUCACGGAGCGCCGGUACCUCAAACUGGACUGGUGCAAAACGCAGCCGCUGAAACAGACUAUCCACGAGGAAGGAUGCCUCAGCCGCACUAUAAUCAACCGUUUCUGUUACGGGCAGUGUAACUCCUUCUACAUCCCCCGACACAUCUACGAAGAUGACGGGGCUUUCCAAUCGUGUUCCACCUGUAAACCGAAAACAUUCACAACUGUCACCUAUACCCUCAUAUGUCCCGGCCAGUCACCCAGCUCCCGAAAGAAACGCGUCCAGCGCGUAAAGACGUGCCGCUGCGCUUCCAUAGACCUGGAUUAGGCCUAGUUAAAACCAUAGGUGGACACAGUCUCUGUUGGUUUGCUUUCCACGGGAAUAAUUUAAAGGUACCGACCAAUGCAUACAAUUACAUGUGCUUCCAUUGCAAAAACCGAAUAUGCAUGAGGGAGAGAAUAUCCCAUCUUAAUCCGAAAAGGGGAGAUCAAAAGACAACGAAACCAAGGGAUGGAACUGUUCAAAACCAUUCCAAAACCCUAAACUGGUAGCUAUGCCAACCCCAACAGACUCCCCAGUGUAAUGUAUGGGACUAUAAUGACUGGUUUGGCAUAAUUGACUGGUUUGGCACAUUGUAAAUGGUUUAUGGCUUCGAGCGUAAUGGUUUUUUAAUGAUAUUGUUGGUUUGCGCCUAAUACAAAUAACAGUAUUACUGUGGAUACCAGAAGGUUUGCGCAUGUUUGCCAUUUAAAAUAAGGCGAAAAAGCCACAGUGUAAGAAUUUGACAGACUAUUUUUGUAAACCGUUGAGAGCAUAUAUUGUUUCCACUGUGUGGAAUAAGAGUUGGUGGAUGCGUUCCCUUCCAGAGCGCUAGACGAGUGUGAUGUUCAUGAAUAUUGGCUUUUCUUUUCAAACUUUGCCCCUGUUAGACGUCACUUAAUGUACUUGCUAUUGUAUUAAUCAUGUAUAUAAAGUGGUUGCUGAAUAAACUCAUGAUUGUACACCUUA